AUGAUGAUUCGUGUCCAACUCAUUGUCUUGUUGGCUCUGCCAUUGAUCGCUCUUGGUCAACAAUAUGGCACAUGCACAGCUAGAAAUGGCCGCAAAGGAGAAUGUAUUAGCACCAGCAGUUGUAGAACAUUAGGUGGAGCGUCAGAUCCAGCAAAUCUCUGUCCUGGUGACAAUUCCAUUCAAUGUUGUACAUACCGCACAUGUACAAACAGCAAAGGUGUUGCUGGUCAAUGUCAACCAACUUCGACUUGUACAGGAAGCUCUGAUCCAGCUAACCUUUGUCCCGGUGGUAACAACAUUCAAUGUUGUACAACUGGAUCUGCACCAACUGGUGGACCCGGUCCAAGUAAACCGGUGAACACCAUGCUUACCGGUUUGGCUGACAUUCUCCGCGGUGCUGGUCUCAAUGUUGUUGAAGUUGCCGGUUGGAGAACUCGUGGUCACGGUGUCAUGUCAUCUGUCAANCUCUUUGCAUUAGUCGCUAGCUAUUAUGUUUUUAUAUUGAAAUGCCACUCGACGUCAACAACGACAGAACCCACUACCACUACAACAACUACAACAGAACCUACGACAACUACCACAACAACUACAGAACCCACUACCACUACAACAACUACAACAGAACCUACGACAACUACCACAACAACUACAGAACCCACUACCACUACAACAGAACCUACGACGACUACUACAACAACUACAGAACCCACUACCACCACAACAACUACUACAGAACCCACGACUACAACAACUACAACAGAACCUACGACUACUACUACAACAACUACAGAACCCACUACCACUACAACGAAACCGACGACUACGGAGCCCACUACGACAGAACCUACGACUACCACUACAACAACUACGCAGUCCACGACUACAACAGCUGCAACAGCUGCAACAGAACCUACGACUACAGAGCCCACGACCACCACUACCACUACGACAACUACGCAGCUUACGACUACAGUAACUACAACAGAACCUACGACUACGGAGCCCACCACCACGACAACUACAGAACCCACGAUCACUACGACAACUGCAGAACCUACAACAACAACUGCUACUAGUACGACUGUAGCACCUACGACGGCGACUACCGCCACCACUGCUAAGCCAACAACAGUAAAGACCACAGCGUGUGAAACCACUGUCACUACACAAGCUACAAGAACUAGUGUUGCCACGAAGUCAACGAUUACCGCAGAACAAACAACAACAAGCGCACGAACAAAACCCGUUAGAACAACGAAACGAGUAACAAAACCAGUGAAUGGAACUUCGAAGUCAACAACAAGAGCUGGUACAAAGGCAACAUCGGCUACAACGACAAAAUCAGCAACUACUAAACGUCAAGCAACCGAUAAACCAACGAAACACACGACAGUUAAACCAAACAAGUCAACUAACCGCGCAUGUUCGAGUUCCUCGUCUGACGAAACUAAUGAUAGUCGGGAAAAAAAACCUCGCGGUUGUUCAUUAUCUCAAGGUUGCAAUCAACGUGUGCAUGUUAAACGAAUUCUUUCCAGCACGGCAGGCAGAGGCGAACAAAACCGUCGGUGUGCUAAGUGUGCUUUGAGUCACAUUAGUUUCACUGUUCUUCUCGAAGGCAUCACGCUCAAUCAAUUAACAAAUCAAUGUAAUAAACGAUAUAUGGACGAUUUCAAACAAAGUUUAACUGACAAAAUUCGAAAAUUCCAACCGAACGGAUUGAAAUCGAUGAGAAUCACAAGUUUGACCACACAUGAAUCGAAUGGCCUAGUUGUCGAACUGCUCUUUAACGUCACACCACAAUAUAAUCAACAACUUGCUGUAGCUAUUCAUCGUGCUCUUGCAUCAUAUGGAUUUGAUCAGCUAAUCGAUGGCAAAAACUAA